AUGGAUCAACCCGCCGAGGUCGCAAACAAAGUCCUGCGGAGGGCUCAAGUCUCCAAGAUGACCCGCACCCUGCAGAACCGUCUCGCUUUGGCUAAUGUCAAGAUCAAGCAUGGCUGGGAAAGUCUCAGUCUCGAUGCUCUCGAGCCCAGAGUCGAUGUCGAGCUCAAGCGCAAACGUCCCGGUUCUAGCAACGAAACCAUGUCCGAUGCCUCGAGCGUAUCCGAACGCUUCUAUCCCACAGGCGUGCUCGACUCCUCCCCUCUCGCCGCCCCCAUAUUCUCGGAUGAGCUCCAGCGCUCGGGAAGCAGGGCAGGAAGUCGUUCUGGCAGCAGUCAUGGUCAUAAUAAGAGAACUCGGUACAACCCGUCAUUCAAUAACUAUCCUGGCACCAGCAACCACAACCGAACCAAGGUCAGGACCUCGCACACAGCAUCCGCAUCGUGGAAAUCCAUGCACCGCCUCCCAGAAUCCUCCCCCGUCUACGCUCGCCGACAUGCUCGCUUCGGAACCAUCCACGCCCCUAGUCUUUCAUUUGUCUCAGAAACCUCCACAGUCCCAGACGGCUCACGAUCACCCAUCCUCUCCGAAGACGACGACGAAGAUUUGCCGAUAACCUCGUUCCAGCUCGGCAAUGGCUCGCAUCUCCGUUCCUCUCCUCCUCGAGCACCGCGCACGCCCCCACCAGCCGUUGCUCGGUCAGCUCGUCUACGUCAAAGUGGGUUCACUGCUGCCGCCGCUGCCCGUGAGGGCAACCCCGGCCAAGACGAAGCCAAUUUGCUUAUGUAUCUAGCUACCUCCCCCUCCCCAGCACGACCUGGUGAUUCGAAACCAGUCAUGCUCGCUCCCUCCACGCCGCCGCCGAAACAGACCCCGCUGCCGUCGUCGAUGAUGACCACCCCGAGGGGAGGUGAUGCCACUUUCCCGUUCGGCCUCAGCACCCCGUCCACCAACCUGAACUUCGCCGAUUUCCUAAACAUGACGCCUAGUCCUGCGCAGGCAACGGGUUCGUGGGGUCGCACACCUGCCGGCGGAAAGACACCGGCAGCAGCUCGCGAGGCUCGACGCCGAUUGAACUUUGAUAAUAUCGUCCCACCAACGAACGAAACGGCACGGACGCUCAAGGUCGAAGGCCUUGGCAUGGAUCUGGGUGGCGAGCUCGUUUCAUGA